AUGCUGCAUGCGGCUGAAGGAGAGGCUGUCCAGGCUCCCAGCUCUGCACCCAGGACCCUGCCAGCCAUCAUGGGGAAGCCUGAGUUUCCAGACACCGGGUGGGACCGCAUCAAGGACCUCUUUGAACGGCACCCCACACAGAAGUAUCCAGAGGAAAUAACCAACAUAGUUAAAAGUGGUGCGGUUGCAGCUGUUGCCGGUCUCUUUUACGGAGGUUUGCCAGCAGCCAGAGAAGCCAGGAAGCGCUACAUCCAAGUGAGCCAGGCUGAGAUGUACACGGGCCGUGUGGAUGCAGUGCGAUCUGCUCACAACGCGGCCAUCAGAGGCUUUGUGAGGUAUGGCUGGAGGUGGAGCUGGAGAGUCACUGCUUUUGUGACUUUGUUUAACACUGUGAGCACUGGCCUAUCAGUUUACAGAGACAAGUCAACACUCAGCCACUACGCAGCAGCUGGAGCUGUGACAGGAGGCUUGUUCAGACUGAACUUGGGUCUGGGGGGGCUGCUGGCUGGAUCACUCAUUGGCACUGUCCUGGGGAUCCCUGCUGGUUUGAUGAUUAUCAGCAUGCAGUCUCUGUCUGGAGAAACAGCUCGUGAGAGGAGACAAAGAGAGCACAGAGAACUGUACCAAUUAAAACUUUCAGAAUGGGAGGCACGGCUGCGUCUGACUGAUGACCUCAUAGGAGAUCUUAAAGAAACAUCAAACGUUCUUGAAACGACCAAAGACCUGCAGAGGAUAGAGGAGCUGCUCAGUUCAGCCCCAAACACCCCUUCAUCUAAUGAUACUUAUCCAUGGACUGCUAAACUUGUGUUUAGAAAACUAGGUCAGACAGACACAGGGGCCCCUGGUGUAAACAAGAUGUGA